UGGAGGAACAACGACUUCAUUUUCGUCUUCUCUCUCUUGGAUGAUAUGUGCUCGAAAAGGAAGAGAGAGAAACUUACAUACACACACUACACAUAUAUAUAGAUUCUUCGGAGUCCAUGUUCUUAAUAUAGUGGAGUAGUGUGGAAUAUUAUUGUAUUAUUAUUAUUAUUGUUUCUUCGUGGAGACUCUCUAUCAGAAGUCGAAUUCGUCGAUGAAAUUAGCAAAGACAUGAGAAAGUGAAGGUGGAGAGAUAUAGAAAGAGAGCGAGACGUACGAGGAGAUAUUGCGCUUGAGCUCAACUCAUGAUCGUCGAACUGAUAUAAAGGCGGAAUUGAAGUUCUGUAACUUGUCGAUCUGAUUGAUUUUUUGGGCCGGCUGAGGUAGAAUUCCGUGAUGAUUAUGAAGAUUGCGGAGAUAUGGAAUUAGCUCAAGCGCCGCUCACGAUUCAACUGUUUGCGGCGAAGUUUGGUUAUUGUGCAAAUUCUUCUAUGUCUGAAGAUUAUCGUCAGCACCAAGGUUCGGGUGCGGGAAUUUUUGGUUUUUCUAAUGGCUUGGACAGAUCGCAGCUGAUGGAGCAGCAGAUCCGGAGGGAUAAGCAUAGAAUUCAAGGACUCGAGGCGCCGCCUAUGCUUGUGACAAUGGAACAAGAUUCGACCGGAAAUAAUUUUGAGAGUGCGGGGAUGUUAUCUGAAAUGUUUAAUUAUUCUUCUGGACCUGCAUCCGCCACUGAAUUAUUGGAGCAUCAGAUGAUGGCUGCGAAUUAUCAUCAAUCUCACCGGAAUAUAGUUGCAAGGCCACCGACACAGGAUUGGUAUGGAAGCAUCAGACAAGAUGGGAUAGCGAAUGAUCGGGACAGUAGUAGUAGUGCUAUAGCUGCGGCAUCUCAUCAUCAUCAGGGACAGGGAAGAGAAAUGUCGACGAACAAUAUGAAUGCUUCAUCAGAAGCUGCCAUGCAGCUUUUUCUUAUGAAUCCUUCAUCAGCAAGGUCACAUUCACCGUCUCAUUCUAUGGCUAAUUCUACGCUUCACAUGCUUCUUCCCAACUCAGCUAGUUCCGUUCAUCAACAAGUUUUUCAAGGGCCCCCAGCCCAUUUCGGGCCAUCUUCUCAGCAAUUCGGAAGUCAUGUAGUUAGUAAUGACAUCUCUCAUCUGGGCGGUCAUGUAGUUGAUCACGGCCAUGGCCAAGGCCAAGGCCACGGUCAAGGUCUUUCGUUAUCACUUUCGUCUUCUUUACAGCAUUUGGAAGCUGCCAAAGCUGAGGAAUUUAGGAUGGGGGACGGUAGUGGGAUGAUAUAUUUCAAUCAAGUAGGAAGCGGAGGAGGAUCGAAUGCUUCAAAUGUACAGUAUCCGUACAAGAAUAAUAUGAACAGUUUGGGGGUAGGUCAUAAUCAAGGGAUGCAUUUGCAAGGUGAAGUGGUUAUGGGUCAGAAUCAGUUUGGAUUCGGGUCUAAUUCAGCGUUAGGAGUGGUGAAUUUGUUGCGAGGUUCCAAGUACUUAAAAGCUGCUCAAGAAUUGUUGGAAGAGUUUUGUAGUGUUGGUAGAGGUCAAUUCAAGACCAACAAGCAGCUGGGAAGGCAAAAUUCAAUAAACCCUAAUUCCAGUUCUACUUCCGGUACGGCUGCUAAUGGCUCCGCCGCUUCUUCUUCCAAGGAUCCUCCGCCUUUGUCAGCCAGCGACAGAAUUGAUCACCAAAGGCGCAAGGUCAAACUGUUGUCGAUGCUCGAUGAGGUGGAGCGAAGGUAUAAUCACUACUGCGAACAAAUGCAAAUGGUGGUGAACUCGUUCGACAUGGUGCUGGGGUAUGGCUCAGCGGUCCCGUACACGACGCUGGCGCAGAAAGCGAUGUCACGGCACUUUAGAUGCUUAAAGGAUGCGAUAGGGGCACAAAUAAAGAAAAGCUGUGAGCUUUUGGGAGAGAGAGACGCAGGAGGUACAUCUGGUGUGACGAAAGGAGAGACUCCAAGGCUGAAGCUGCUGGAACAAAGUCUGAGACAGCAAAGAGCUUUUCAUCAGAUGGGCAUCAUGGAACAAGAAGCUUGGAGGCCUCAGAGAGGCUUGCCUGAGCGUUCUGUCAAUAUUUUGAGAGCUUGGCUUUUCGAGCAUUUUCUUCAUCCGUAUCCAAGCGAUGCAGAUAAACAGUUGUUGGCACGGCAGACUGGUCUUUCAAGAAACCAGGUAUCGAACUGGUUCAUAAAUGCGAGGGUUCGAUUGUGGAAACCCAUGGUAGAAGACAUGUACCAGCAAGAAGAGACAGAAGAGAGAGAGGCCUUUCAUGCACAAACCCCAACGCCUUCUACCACAACUCCUCAAGAUUUUGCUGCAACUCUCACAGCACCAGCAGCAUCAAGAUCAGAAAUCAUGAGAAAUGCAGAUAACGAUUUUUCACAACUCGCAAUUAAUAAACAACAACAACAACGCUUCUCGAAAAACCAGGCAACCUACUCUGCCGAGGUUUCGCAAUCAUUUGCCGGAGCUGCCACCGCGAGUGGUGUCACAGGUGAUGUGUCCUUGACUUUAGGGUUACGUCACGCUGGAAACAUGCCGGAGAAUAAUUCCGCUUUACGUUAGAUACAGUGGAGGCUUGUAGUUGUAGUGCAUCAUUAUUUGAAUAAUACAAGGGAACCAUAUAUAUUAUACAAUAAUUUCGUGUUGGUAAAUUGUUGUCUAGUAGUAUGAUUUGAGAUUCGUUGGAAGUGUAUAGUACAUUAUUUUGGUCUUUUAUAUGUGCCAACUUGUGCCAAACAUAUAUAUACAUUUGUUUGUUAU